AUGUUGAAAUCCGUUAUCGUCUUGUCUGCCCUGGUGGCUUGUGCCAUGGGUGCGGCUGCACCUGAAGGUAUGUUACCCCAAUUGGAUGGCCGUAUUGUAGGUGGUGUCUCCACAACCAUUACCGCUUACCCUUGGCAAAUCUCCCUUCAACGUAGUGGUUCUCACUCCUGUGGUGGUUCGGUUUAUUCGGCCAACAUCAUUGUUACCGCUGCCCAUUGCUUGCAAUCUGUCUCCACCUCUGUGUUGAAAGUACGUGCUGGUUCCACCUACUGGAAUUCCGGUGGUGUUUUGGUAUCCGUUGCUGCUUUCAAAAAUCACGAAGGUUACAAUUCUCGUACCAUGGUCAACGAUAUUGCUGUCAUCCGUUUGAGUUCUUCACUGACAUUCGGUUCCACCAUUAAGGCUAUUGCUUUGACCACCAAUGCUCCUGCUAAUGGUGCUGCUGCUGUUGUUUCGGGCUGGGGUACUAAAGCUUCUGGAUCAUCGUCGCUACCCACCACCUUGCAAUAUGUCGAUGUGAAUAUUGUCAGUCAAAGCCAAUGUUCUUCUUCGGCUUAUGGUUAUGGUUCGGAAGUUAAGCCUACUAUGAUUUGUGCCUAUGCUGCUGGUAAGGACUCUUGCCAAGGUGAUUCCGGCGGUCCAUUGGUAUCGGGUGGUAAAUUGGUUGGUGUUGUAUCCUGGGGUUAUGGUUGUGCUUUCCCCAAUUAUCCCGGUGUGUAUGCUGAUGUUGCCACUCUACGUUCUUGGGUUGUUGCCACCGCCAGUUCGGUGUAA